CCCAAUGGGAUUCGGUGCGGGGCAGCGACUGCGCCCCGUCCCGGCGCCGCGCUCGUCCGCAGAGGAGGCGGCCCGGCCCGGGCAGCUGCGGCUCGGGGUCCGUCGAGGGGAGGCCGAGCUUGCCAAGCUGGCGCCCAGCGGGGUCAUGGUGCCCGGCGCCCGCGGCGGCGGCGCACUGGCGCGGGCUGCCGGGCCGGGCCUCCUGGCUUUGCUGCUCGCGGUCUCCGCCCCGCUCCGGCUGCAGGCGGAGGAGCUGGGUGAUGGCUGUGGGCACCUAGUGACUUAUCAGGAUAGUGGCACAAUGACAUCUAAGAAUUAUCCCGGGACCUACCCCAAUCACACUGUUUGUGAAAAGACAAUUACAGUACCAAAGGGGAAAAGACUGAUUCUGAGGUUGGGAGAUUUGGAUAUCGAAUCCCAGACCUGUGCUUCUGAUUAUCUUCUCUUCACCAGCUCUUCAGAUCAAUAUGGUCCAUACUGUGGAAGUAUGACUGUUCCCAAAGAACUCUUGUUGAACACAAGUGAAGUAACCGUCCGCUUUGAGAGUGGAUCCCACAUUUCUGGCCGGGGUUUUUUGCUGACCUAUGCGAGCAGCGACCAUCCAGAUUUAAUAACGUGUUUGGAACGAGCUAGCCAUUAUUUGAAGACAGAAUACAGCAAAUUCUGCCCAGCUGGUUGUAGAGAUGUAGCAGGAGACAUUUCUGGGAAUAUGGUAGAUGGAUAUAGAGAUACCUCUUUAUUGUGCAAAGCUGCCAUCCAUGCAGGAAUAAUUGCUGAUGAACUAGGUGGCCAGAUCAGUGUGCUUCAGCGCAAAGGGAUCAGUCGAUAUGAAGGGAUUCUGGCCAAUGGUGUGCUUUCGAGGGAUGGUUCCCUGUCAGACAAGCGAUUUCUGUUUACCUCCAAUGGUUGCAGCAGAUCCUUGAGUUUUGAACCUGACGGGCAAAUCAGAGCUUCUUCCUCAUGGCAGUCGGUCAAUGAGAGUGGAGACCAAGUUCACUGGUCUCCUGGCCAAGCCCGACUUCAGGACCAAGGCCCAUCAUGGGCUUCGGGCGACAGUAGCAACAACCACAAACCACGAGAGUGGCUGGAGAUCGAUUUGGGGGAGAAAAAGAAAAUAACAGGAAUUAGGACCACAGGAUCUACACAGUCGAACUUCAACUUUUAUGUUAAGAGUUUUGUGAUGAACUUCAAAAACAAUAAUUCUAAGUGGAAGACCUAUAAAGGAAUUGUGAAUAAUGAAGAAAAGGUGUUUCAGGGUAACUCUAACUUUCGGGACCCAGUGCAAAACAAUUUCAUCCCUCCCAUCGUGGCCAGAUAUGUGCGGGUUGUCCCCCAGACAUGGCACCAGAGGAUAGCCUUGAAGGUGGAGCUCAUUGGUUGCCAGAUUACACAAGGUAAUGAUUCAUUGGUGUGGCGCAAGACAAGUCAAAGCACCAGUGUUUCAACUAAGAAAGAAGAUGAGACAAUCACAAGGCCCAUCCCCUCGGAAGAAACAUCCACAGGAAUAAACAUUACAACGGUGGCUAUUCCAUUGGUGCUCCUUGUUGUCCUGGUGUUUGCUGGAAUGGGGAUCUUUGCAGCCUUUAGAAAGAAGAAGAAGAAAGGAAGUCCGUAUGGAUCAGCAGAGGCUCAGAAAACAGACUGUUGGAAGCAGAUUAAAUAUCCCUUUGCCAGACAUCAGUCAGCUGAGUUUACCAUCAGCUAUGAUAAUGAGAAGGAGAUGACACAAAAGUUAGAUCUCAUCACAAGUGAUAUGGCAGAUUACCAGCAGCCCCUCAUGAUUGGCACCGGGACAGUCACGAGGAAGGGCUCCACCUUCCGGCCCAUGGACACGGAUGCCGAGGAGGCAGGGGUGAGCACCGAUGCCGGCGGCCACUAUGACUGCCCGCAGCGGGCCGGCCGCCACGAGUACGCGCUGCCCCUGGCGCCCCCGGAGCCCGAGUACGCCACGCCCAUCGUGGAGCGGCACCUGCUGCGCGCCCACACGUUCUCUGCGCAGAGCGGCUACCGCGUCCCAGGGCCCCAGCCCGGCCACAAACACUCCCUCUCCUCGGGCGGCUUCUCCCCCAUAGCGGGUGUGGGCGCCCAGGACGGAGACUAUCAAAGGCCACACAGCGCACAGCCUGCGGACAGGGGCUACGACCGGCCCAAAGCUGUCAGCGCCUUCGCCACCGAAAGCGGGCACUCUGACUCUCAGAAGCCCCCAACGCAUCCCGGGACGAGUGACAGCUAUUCUGCCCCCAGAGACUGCCUCACACCCCUCAACCAGACGGCCAUGACUGCCCUUUUGUGAACACAAUGUGAAAGAAGCCUGCUGUGGUACUGAGCGUCGGGCUGUCGCAAGGCACUGGAAGAAGGGAGCCUGCUGGUCCAGAGUGUGCGUGUGUAUCGGUGUGUGUGUACACUUGUGUGUGUGUGUGUGUGAUCCAGUAGGAUCCUAGAGACAACCUGUCAUACUGUUUACAAAAUUGUGCAGCUGGUUUUGUGCUGACCCUUAGGGUGCGUCUGUUGGGUUUUGUUGGGCUAGAAAAAUGAAAAUUUUCAGAUGGCGUUUUCAUUCCUCUGACUGAUAUUGAGCUGCUUUGUUGUUAAAGGUGUAAUGUGUACAGAGUUGUAUUUAACAAUAAUAAAAGUAACUUAAGUUUGCUCUAUCAGAUUUUAGUUCUGCACAGAGGUUAAGUGGGAAAAUGCAGCUGUUGCAAAAUGUAUAUAAAUAGUAUGUUCAUUUUUUUCAGUAUAUUAUCUGAUACUGUGUUAGCAGCAGGUCUGCUUAAACCUAGUCUUGUUGUUAUUGAGUCAUUUCCUCUCCUUUGAUAACUAGAACUAAAAGCAUUUUUAACAUUCUUCUCCUGGAAGAAAUGAAUUACUUGAAGCAUGAAAAGCACACCAGGGUGGUUGUUUAUUUAGCAAUUAUGACUGUAGAUUUAAAAACAAGCAAAGAAACAACACCUCAGCAGCUGCCCGUUUCCUUAGUCUCCACUUCAGAGGGGGAUGCGAAGAGGUCGGCCCAGCUCCCGUGACCAUGAAGGUGGCACAGGAAUUACAGUGUGAAUGGCUGUGUCAGAUGUUUUCGUACCUCAGAUUAAAAAUAUUGCUGAGGUCAGAUGCCACAAUUUUCAUGACUUUCUUCAGAAGUAGCACAUUUUCGUGACUUCCACUGUCCUCUGAAAAACAAAGUUAUUUAGAACAUGUUCAUGCAAAAGUGAUUCUGACCAAGUCUAAAUCGAGCUUUUCUACUGACAUGAAACUUGGAAACUGAUCUCAUUUUAUAAGAAAUGAUUUUCCUCUCAAGGAGGCGUCUGUAAUUCCAGAACAGUCCAGACAUCAGCUGUACCUCAUGCUCAGUAGUUUUUAUUUGAGUUUCUUUUGUGAGUUAACUAUGGGAGAUUUAACCUCUUUUGCCAAAGAGGGAAGUGUGUGUGUGUUUUUUAAUAGAAAAUAUGGACCAAAAAUUUUUUUCCCUGAAGAAUGUAUUAUAACCCUAUUUGUGUGGUUAUUACAUCCUGUGAAAUGUAUAUAUGUUAAAAUAAUGGGGGUGCUGGAAGGUCAUGGCAGACUAGCUGCUGGUUAGUGUGGAGGGGAAAUGGUUUACUUUGUAGAGUUUACAUGGUUUUAUGCGCACAGUAAUUGUAAUAAACUAUGCCAAACCAAA